AUGCUUAUUCCCGAGCAGACGGUUCCCGCCAACAUCCCAGAAGAGACAUACAGUACAGCUCGUUCAACCUCCCGCUUCGGCGAGCUCAUGACCGGUCUGGCAGACAAAGAUCACCUGCAGCGUCUGGGCACGCCGGAAUCGCCUCUUAUGCCUGCAGUCUCGUGUCCCGCAUACACCCACCCUCCUUCAGGCAGCUUCUCCCAUUCCAAUCCUCUCGGACAGGCCUACACCUACUCCCUCUCCUCCUCCUCCUCCUCCUCCUCGCCCCCCUCAUGCUCGUCGACGUCUUCGUUUCCCGCACUCGGGCAGAUGAACCCCACUGAACUGGUACACCCUCUAUCCACUUCUGGCCCUUGUGGCAACCAGACAAUGCUGCUGGCCUCACAGUCCUCUCUGCCAGUCCUAUUCCCCUCGUCUGAGGCUGGCACCGGAGCAGGCUCCUUCUCAUGUUAUUCACUCAAGUUCGACGGCCCACAGCAUCACUCGUCACCUUCGGCACCGGCAGCCGGCAACUACUCUCUGAUGCUCCAUCCCGCCCAUCAGGUAGCCCUUCUCUCGUAG